GGCAGCCGUGCGGUGGAGGGGCGGGGCGUCGCGAGGCCUCCCAAGGGUCGCCCAGGUCCGAGGACCGUGCGGGCGGCUUAGCGGCGGGCUCUGAGGAGGCCGGCGCGGCGGCAAUGCAGGCCCCAAGCGAAGGCGCGGACGACGCGGCGGCCUUGCUGGCUCCCGUCGACGGCGCGGCGGCCACGCAGGCCCCCGACGACGGUGGUGGAAGCGGCGGCGCGGACGGCCAGGACCCCCAGCCCAGCCCCCGGGCCCCCAGCUGCCAGGGCAACUCCAGCAGCCGUGAUGGCGACGGCGGCCCUGGCCGCGAGGGGGCGGCGGACGAGGGGGCCGGCGCCCGUCCCCAGGCCGAGCGGGCACCGAGGGCCCUGGCACCCGGUGGAGACGCGGCACCCGCGGCGAUGACAUCUUCGAGACUGCUGGAGUUCGUGCUCACUGUGCCUUUCCAGUCGCCCCUGGAGGCGGAGAUGGCCCGCAGGACCCUGACCACACAUGUCCAACGCCUCCGAGGGGUGGCUCAGAAGCAGCUUUCCGUGAGAGGCAGCGCCCUGGCCGUUCGAUGGAUUGCCGAAGACCCCGCUUCCUUCGGAAUUUCCGUCAACUCCUUCCUGGAACGGCUUCCCCUGGUGAUGCGAAACAUUCGCGCCUUGAGGGCCCGGCCUCCGCGAAGCCUAGGCCCGGGAAAGGGGGCCGCGGCCUAACCUGGCGGCCCUCACUGGGCAGGGCACCGGGGUUGACACUCGG